AUGUAAAUAUAUUUUUUUUUUUUCAUAUUAAGAGGAAAAUUAAUCUAAUUAAAAUAAAUAAAGAUUAACAUAAUUUUAGUAAUUAUAGAAAAGAAUUAAAAAAAAAUAACUGAAUUAAUACCUUAAUUUAAUAUAGAUAAUUUUAUAAACGACAAUAAUGAAAUAUAACUUUGUCAAUUAAUAAAUUAGUUAAAAUAAAUGGGUUUUCCUAUAAAUAAAAAUAUGAUUUAUUAUUUUUGCCAAGAUGCAUAAAUAUUUAUAAAUUGUGGAUUUGAUCCUCUACCUGAUAAUAUAACAAUUCCCCAAGAAGACUAUAAAAACUUUACAGAACUUAAAAUAAAAUGUAAAGAAAAUCAAAUUAGUUUAAUUCAUUAAGUAAUGUUUGAGGAAAAUAAUUACGAAUAAAAUAAUAAAAACUAAGAAGAAAAACAAAAAGUUCCAAAUUAAUGCAGAAGAACUAAAGAAAGAAAAAUUGGUUAUAUUAUAGAGAAAGUUGUAGAAUGGAGAAAUUUAUAUAAUGGAUCGAUAUAAGAAGGCGAAAUGAAAUAAAAUAGACUAUCUUUAGAAGAAGCAGCAAAUAAAGUUUAGAUUUCUAAAAAAUCUUUGGAUGAUUAUUUAUUAUAAAUUAGAUUCGGGAGAAAAUAUGGAUUUAAUUUUAAUGAGCAUAAAAAUGAUAAAGUUGGAAUUUUAAGAGCUUUUGUUAAAAAACAUAAAGAAAUAAAAAAUCAAGAUAAAAAGAAAAAAAGAAGAAAAUUAAAUUAUCUAAUUAAAGCAACUCAGUUAAAUAGAAAUAAGAAGAAGGUUAAGAUUUUUAAGAAUGAUUUUUGA